AUGGCGCAACCACUUCAUCCCGCUGUGGUACCCCGCUUGGACCCUGCGUACGUUGAGUUCCAUAAUGAGCACGUCAUCAACAUUGUCCCGCCCCAUACAUUGCCAUGGCAUCCGUCGAUUCGUUCUGGUCCGGCUGUACCAGGGGCAUCGGAACCCCUGCAGGUGGGAUCGACCAAGGAUUACGAUCUGAGCCACUGCAAGGUACGGGUGUUCACUCCGCCUGGUGAUGCGCCUUCAGAUGGAUGGCCAGUUUUAUUGUAUUUCCAUGGAGGCACGUCCUUGAGUGGGUGGACUCUCGGAAACAUUGCUAGUGAAACACCGUUUGCGACGAAUGCCUGCAUCCGCGCAAAUUGUGUAGUGGUCUCGGUUGAUUACCGGCUUGCGCCAGAGAAUCCCUUCCCUGCUGCAGUAGAAGACGCAUUUGAAGCCCUCCAGUGGAUCGUCGGUGCGGGUGCCUCCAUCUUGAAUAUCUCCACGAGUCGCGUUGCUAUCGGCGGAUCGUCGAGUGGUGGCAACCUCGCUGCCAUCGCUGCACUAAAGGCUACACAACUGCCAACGCCCAUUCCAAUCCUCUUGCAAUUGUUGAUCGUUCCGGUGACGGAUAACACAGCUUCUACCACGGGCAGCCCUCACCAGUCGUGGCUCGAAAACGAGAAUACCCCAUGGCUAUCCCCCGGACGCAUGAUGUGGUUCAGGCGAAACUACCUUCCUAAUGAAGCAGAUUGGACCAACUGGGAAAGCUCUCCAUUGUUUGCUCCGGAUGAUUUGAUAAGUAAAACACCAAAGGCAUGGAUUGGGGUUGCGGAACUUGACGUCCUGAGGGACGAAGGCAUCGCUUACGGCGAGAAGCUGAAGAAGAAUGGUGUGAGCGUCGAAGUAAAAUGUUAUCCGGCAGCACCGCAUCCCAUCAUGGCUAUGGACGGUACGCAUUCUUGUCGUUUGUGUCUGGUGAUGCAUCCCGACUAA